AUGAAUGAUGAGCUUUUCAAGGCCGUUCAUCACGUUGAGUUGCUGGGAUGGAUGGAGAGCGAUUCGAGUACUCUGCCGAUGUUUAUCUCUUUGGUUGAUCAUGGUUACUCUCUCCUCACUAUCUCGAUACACUCCAUCCACUUCAAUAACAAGCAUGUCCUCACGCUCUCGCCUAUAGUUGCCCUGUUUUGUCGACUUCACUUGGAGGGAUGUUCUUAUGAUGACGAUAUGUUGUUGCAUCUUCUUCGUUCGUCUUCAUGGUUGGACAUGUUGGAAGUUGGUGUGCCUGAUCGCUGCAUAUUUACAAACCUCAGCAAGGGGUCAGUACCAACCACAGACAUGUUGUCUUCUGCUGUUGGCAGCAUGUUGGAGUCUCACUUGCUCUGCACUUUCUAUUAUGUCACAGAAUAUGGUGUUAAUUACCUAUUUGAAAGUCCAUGCUUCAGAUCCCUUGUGGCCUUGAUGACCCGUUGUCUUCACGAUCUAUACAUUCGUGUGGAUCAUAAAUCAUUCCAGUAUGUGCAGGACCUAGUCGAUCAUUCAGGAAGUACUUUGCAAUCUGUGGAUAUUGUGACCAAUAAUUGGCCCCCCCUUGCUGCAUCUAUGAGUCUUGAUCUCAGUGGACACUCUGUGCUUGAGUUGCUGACAUUGGGGCAGGACUCCCCUCAUCUUGCAUUGCUUAUCGAUGCGCUAUUGUCCUAUAGGAACCCGUCGACUUUGCGUGACUUAACACUCAUGAUACAGUUGAAGUAUGGUUAUCAGUCCAAUGCUGCUUGGAGGCGACUCUUUGCAGUCUUCAUGGAUCAUCCAUGGUUCACCAAGCUCGAAAAGUUGAACAUAGAUGUCUUUGCAUAUACGGCUAGGCAUGUGUCCGAGCCUGAUGUCAUUGAACUGGUGGUGUACAUCUGGAAGAUUUUCAAGGUGCCAGAGAUUGGUUUUCCCAUCAAGGUGGCUCAUAGGUUGGGAAUGCAUCGGUUUGAUUAA